AUGAGUGCCUCUGAAGAUGACACUCCGUUAGUGAAGACGAAUGGCAAGCCCGGUCCUACUCCCUCCGGAGAUGCCGACAAGGGUCCCAAUGACGUGAAGAUGGAGGACGCGACUGAGGCAAAUGGUCAUGUCGACCCUGGCAUCUCGAUUCGGUUUGGUCCGGUCAAAAGCGAGGACACUGAAAUGGAUGAUGCCGGAUCCGACGCUCUGGCCGGCAAAAGGAAGAGCCGGACAAGUGUUGAUCAGAAGUCAUACGCGGAACCGGAAAGUAGCGAAGAGGAGGAUCAACCAUUGAGCAAGCGCCGCCGCACGUCAGUGAAGCACGAGGAUCCGGAGACGGACGAUGACGUUCCUCUAGCAGCCAAUGGCAGGAAACUCCCCAAAGCCUCAGAGACAGCCAUAGGCGAAGAAUCCGAUUCCGAUGUCCCCAUCAACAAGAAGCUUACUUCUGAAAAGAAGAAGAUUCAACAGAAAGGGGAAAAGGCGGCAGAGGCCAGUCGCAAGCCAGGCACCGCGAAAACCACCGCCAAGUCCGCUGUUAGCGCAACGAACGGCCGCAAGAAACAAGCCAACGGCAUCAAGAAGGAAUCGGAUGAUGAGAAGGCACCCGCUAAGAAACCAGCCGCCAAGAAGGUAAAGGCGGAGCCCAAGUCUCCGGCCAAGAGAGGAAAGGCCACUCCAGUCAAGGAAGAGACUGCCGAAGCCGAAGACGGCGAGGAAGAAGAAUACAGAUGGUGGGAAGAUCCUACCAAGGGUGAUGGUACGGUCAAAUGGACCACCCUUGAGCACAACGGUGUCGUUUUCCCUCCAGACUACCAGCCGUUGCCUCAGAACGUCAAAAUGAAGUAUGACGGUGUUCCCAUCACUCUUGCACCCGAAGCAGAGGAGGUGGCCGGAUUUUUUGGCACCAUGCUAAACUCUACACAACAUGUUGAGAACCCGACCUUUCAAAAGAACUUCUUCAUGGACUUCAAGGAUAUCCUCAAGAAGACCGGUGGCGCAAAGGAUUCCAAGGGCAACAAGGUCGAUAUCAAGGAUUUCUCUAAAUGUGAUUUUCAGCCCAUCUUCGCAUACUAUGAAGGGCAGCGCAACGAGAAGAGAAAUCUUCCUCCAGCAGAGAAGAAACGGCUGAAGGCCGAGAAAGACGCUGAAGAAGCCCCCUACCAGUACUGCGUAUGGGACGGCCGCAAGCAGAAAGUGGGCAACUUCCGUGUUGAACCUCCAAGUCUGUUCCGUGGUCGUGGCGAGCAUCCCAAGACUGGACGCGUGAAGACCAGAGUCCAACCGGAACAGAUUACGAUCAACAUUGGCAAGCAUGCCCCCGUUCCCCCACCACCUGAGGGUCAUCGCUGGAAGGAGGUGAAGCAUGAUCAAGAGGGCACAUGGCUCGCAAUGUGGCAGGAAAACAUCAACGGUAACUACAAAUACGUGAUGCUUGCAGCCAAUUCCGAUGUCAAGGGCCAAAGCGAUUUCCGGAAGUUCGAAAAGGCCCGAGAGCUCAAGCAUUAUAUCGAUAAGAUCCGCAAGGAUUACCAGAAGAACCUUAAGAACGAAUUGAUGGUUGAGCGCCAAAAGGCUACGGCGGUUUAUCUCAUUGACCAGUUUGCGCUUCGUGCUGGUAACGAGAAGGGUGAAGACGAGGCCGAGACAGUUGGUUGCUGCUCUCUGAAAUAUGAGAACGUGACCCUCAAGCCGCCAAACAAGGUCAUUUUCGACUUCUUGGGUAAAGACAGUAUCCGGUUCUAUGAUGAAGUCGAGGUCGACAAUCAGGUGUUCAAAAACCUGAAGAUUUUCAAGAAGGCGCCGAAGAAGAAUGGUGAUGAGAUCUUCGAUAGACUAACGACGUCCGCUCUCAACAAGCAUCUUUCGAACUAUAUGCCUGGCUUGACUGCCAAGGUGUUCCGUACUUACAACGCGUCGCACACCAUGGCGACCCUGCUUAAAGACAUGAAGGCCGAGGGUACCGUCGCCGAAAAGGUCAAAGCGUACAACGAUGCGAACCGCAAGGUUGCCAUUUUGUGUAACCACAAACGGACAGUCGCUGCGUCGCACGCCGGGCAGAUGGAGAAGAUGAGUGAAAGAAUCAAGGGCAUGCGCUACCAGAAAUGGCGACUUAAGCAAAUGAUGCUCGAUUUGGACCCGACUCUCAAAAAGAAGAAGGGGGCUGCCUUCUUCGAGAUCGACGAAGACAUCGACCAGGAUUGGAUCAAGGAGCACCAGGCCUUCCUGGUUGAGGAACAACGGCAAAAGAUUCAGAAGAAGUUCGAAAAAGACAACGAGAAGCUCGCUGCCGACGGCGAAAAGGAAAUGAAGGCCAGCGAGCUCGAGGAGCGACUCAAGGCCGCCAAGGAAAUGGAGAAGAAAUUCGCCAAGGAGAACAAGACUGGCAAGGUCGAGGCGGAAGGCAAGAGUCCUAGCGUCGACAAGCUCGAGACUUCCAUCACCAAGAUUGACCAGCGUGUUGAGACGAUGUCCGUCCAAGCCCAGGACAAGGAAGAUAACAAGGAGGUUGCGCUGGGAACUUCCAAGAUCAACUACAUCGAUCCUCGUCUCACAGCCGUCUUCACCAAGAAAUUCAACGUCCCCAUCGAGAAGUUCUUUUCCAAGUCCCUGCGCGAGAAAUUCGAAUGGGCCAUCAAGUCUGUCGAAGGCGAUUGGGAAUUCUAA